GACUCGAUAGAGUGGGUUCUGAUCUACAAGGCCUCAGGGUUGGAUGUGCAGCAAGAUGAGGGAGAUUUGGAGCCCUGCAUAAGAGAAAGGACGGGGCCACAGCUGACUGGGUGAUGUUGGUCUCCUAUCCCCAUUCCCCCAGCUGUGUCCCCACAGAUUUGGGCCUCCUGCUGCCACCAUGGCCAAAAGCGGAGAGGCCCUGCCACAGGGCAGCCCAGGACCAGUCCGGGAUCCCCACCUCAUCAAAGUGACAGUGAAGACACCCAAAGACAAGGAAGAUUUCUCAGUUACGGACACAUGCACCAUCCAGCAAUUGAAGGAAGAGAUAUCCCAACGCUUUAAGGCCCACCCUGAUCAGCUGGUUCUAAUCUUUGCUGGCAAAAUCCUCAAGAACCCUGACUCACUGGCACAGUGUGGAGUCCAAGAUGGCCUUACUGUUCACCUGGUCAUCAAGAUGCAGCGCCGCGCCAUGGGCACUGAGCGCCCAGCUGCCUCCGUCUCUACCCCAGGCCCAAGUGCUGGGUCGCUCCCUCAGCCAAGUUCCAUUUACCCAGCAGAUUGGCCUCCUGCCUUUAGCUUAGGUGUGCUCACGGGCCUUAGUGGGCUGGGCCUGAGCUCAACCAGCUUCCUCGACCAGCUAAGCUCACUGAUGUGGCAGCGUGCAUCCGUGCCUCAGUUUGUGACUCAGCUUAUUGAUGACCCCUUCAUCCAGGGUCUGCUGUCUAACACGGGACUGGUGCGCCAGCUGGUUCUUGACAAUCCCCAUAUGCAGCAGCUGAUCCAACACAACCCGGAGGUUGGGCAUAUUCUCAACAACCCUGAAAUCAUGAGGCAGACGUUGGAGUUACUACGUAACCCUGCCAUGAUGCAAGAGAUGAUGCGUAGCCAGGACCGGGCACUCAGUAACCUGGAGAGCAUCCCUGGUGGCUACAAUGUUCUUCGCACCAUGUACACGGAUAUUAUGGAUCCAAUGCUUAAUGCAGUACAGGAGCAGUUUGGUGGCAAUCCCUUUGCCACUCCCACUACUGCUAAUGUUACCACUGGCAGCAGCCAACCUUCAAGGACAGAGAAUUGUGACCCCCUUCCCAACCCCUGGACUUCCACACAUGGAGGUUCAGAUGGCAGGCAAGGCAGGUGGCUUAGGGACCAGGGUGCAUCUGAAAUUAGAAAUAGGGUUUCAAGCUUUCUGGGUAAUAUAGGGCUUUAUGACUAUCUCUAUCAAUUACAUGAGACCUCCCAGUCCCUCGGAACCUAUCUGCAGGGGAUUGCAUCCAACCUCAGACCAAGCCAGGAACCACCACCACAAGGAAACAGAGUUUCCCCAACUUCCUCUUCAUCCCAGGAGCCUAGGUCAAGCCAGCCUCUCCCCAAGGAGUCAGCAGUAAUCAAAGGAAAGUCCUCUUGCCCAGCUUUUCUGAGAUACCCUGCAGAGAAUGGUACUGGACAAGGUGGAGGCCAAGAUGAUGCAGGGAAAAACUCUACUGACCACAGCACAAGCUUGCCUGAUCUUGUCUCAGGGCUAGGAGAUUCUAUCAACAGGGUUCCAUUUGUUCCUUCUUCCCUUUCCCCUAUGACAGUCACUCAUGGAAUCUCUGAGCCUCCCUGGCUGCCACCACAAGCUUGUCCAAGAUCUUUGAGGUCAACUGGCAUGAAUCAGAUCCCACAGUUACAGAAUGAGAUGCAACGACCACUGCCACUGCUAAUGCGCCUUCAGGCAGCUAUGGCAAAUCCCCGUGCCAUGCAAGCCCUGCUGCAGAUUGAGCAGGGUCUGCAGAUCCUGGUGAAUGAAGCACCUCAUGUCCUACUCUGGUUCAUGCCUUCUCUAGCAGUGGCAGGAAAUACAGAGUCUAGAGUAGGCACUUUUAUGUCUGAGAAUCCCCCCCAAAACCUGGGUCCAGAGGUGUCCCCAGCACAGGGCUCUGUGGAGCUGGGCUUCUGUUCCAUACCCUUCCUCCAGUUGCUGCAAGCUUUAGCUAGUGCCAAUCUCCAGCAGCUACAACCUGAGACUCGUUUUCGGGUGCAGUUGGAGCAAUUGCGGGCCAUGGGUUUUCUGAAUCCUGAAGCUAAUCUCCAGGCCCUCAUUGCCACUGGAGGUGACGUGAAUGCUGCUGUGGAGAAGCUGAAGCAGUCAUAGGAGCCCAAUCAUUCAGACCAUCUCUUUCCUCUGUGCCCUUUUCCCAUGUCCUAUUUCCCUAGCUCUUCCAUUCUUGAAUACAGCUGCACUAUAAGCCAAAUUUACUAUGAUGCCCUUUACUGUGGAGACAACGUUGUUUCAAAGGCAAUGAGAAAGACUAAGGGCCAGAAACAAGGUGGGGGUGCUGUGUGUGAGCCAAUCACCCCCACCACCGUACCAUUCCUGGGUUCCAGUCUGAGCUCUGCUUAUGCCUAUCUUUAGAUGAAAUUACAUCCAAUCUCCA